AUGUGUACUUGGAAUUGUAGAGGAGCGGGGAAGAAGGGUUUCUCCUAUCUUAUAAAAGACCUAGUCUACCAAAAUAAGAUUCAAGUGCUUGUUUUGCUUGAAACGAGAUUGAGUGGCAAAAGAACUGAUAAAGUUAUUCGAAACCUAGGUUUUGACAACUACUUUAGACGGGAAUCUGUAGGUUUUUCUGGUAGAAUCUGGAUCAUCUGGAAUAAAAGUGAGUCCUUGGAGGAUGAAAGAAGGCUGCUUUGGGAUAGGUUGAAGAAUAUUGAGACUAAUGGUGUUGAUGAAUGGGCUGUGAUGGGUUUCUCUGGACCUAAGUUCACUUGGAAAAGAGGAUCCCUAGAAGAGAGGAUUCAUAGACUGGUGGUGAAUCAGGCUUGGCAUUUAAAUUCCCCUAACAAGUUUCUGUCUCACCUCAAUUUUAAUGGGUCUGAUCAUAGACCUCUUCUUUUGAGUGGAGAGGCUCAAUUUCUUGCCCCGGAAGAACAACUCCACGUGGGAACUACUGGGGAUAAGUUCCAUCGUGAAGCUUCCUUGUGGCACCAUGACAAGUUUAGAGCUCUUCAUAGAAAAAAGAAGCAAACACAAGGCAGGAUUAGAGGAGUGGAUGCCCAACUGUGUAGGGGUCUUGAUAAUGCUUUGGAGCGGCUGCACAACUCCUUUUGGCAGGAUCUCAAUACUAUUUACAUCGAGGAGGAGCUUACUUGGUUCCAACGCUCUAGAUGCAAAUGA